AUGGAGUGCCAUAGAAGAUGCCUUAGAACGAACAAGACACCGGCGAUCAUACGGGACUACUAUCCUUCCCUUUCAGCCCCUUCCAACCCCCGGAUCAAGGGACUACUUGCCCGAGGAGCCUUGCCCAUUUUCCAAUUUUUCAUCACCUUGGCCAAUCCAUUAAUUCGGCAGAGAAGGAGCGGCUGCCACGAAGGGCUGCAGCGUUGGAUUACUUUAUUAAUUUCCGAUGAGGUCAUCCAAGCUUUGAAGGAGGUAGGACUCUUUUAUGCUUUUGAUCUCUGUAAAGUUAGGCUCGACUGGGAGCUUCUGGAAGCAGCUCUCGCACCCUCUUUGGAAGAAGUGUAUCGUCUUUCUGGUCUUCUUCAUAUAGGUGAACUUGGUAUCGUCGUGCCUCGUUCUGGCUACACUUCUCUGCUUCGUGAUUCGCUGGGCCUACGCCAGGAUGAGCUCAAGCUUGGUUAUGCAGGAGGGGAUCCGACUCGCUUAUUUACCAAGAUUUUUAAUUGA